AUGCAUCCGUCCUCAAAUUUGGCUACUACCUCGGAUUCAUUACCCCCUCCCACAGAUGAGCCAUCGUGUUUCACUGAAGCUUCCAAACAUAAAGAAUGGCGGGCUGCUAUGGCAUCUGAAAUGGAUGCAUUACUGCGAAAUGACACAUGGUCACUGGUUCCUUAUGAUCCACAAAUGAAUAUUCUUGGGUGCAAGUGGGUAUUUCGCAUCAAAAGAAAUUCUUCUGGUGCAAUAGAGCGCUACAAGGCUCUAUUAGUUGCAAAAGGAUUUCACCAACUCGAGGGACAUGACUAUUUUGAAACAUUUAGCCCUGUUGUUAAGCCGACUACUAUUCGCAUUGUUAUUGCCUUGGCAGCAUCACACAACUGGGUUUUGCGUUAA